AUGGUGUUCGGCGACGGUGAAGUCGGUGAUGUCAGGCGAAGGCGGCGCUCGCUGGCUGGCUGGCUGGCUGGCUGGCUGGCUGGCUGGCUGGCUGGCUGGCUGGCUGGCUUGUAUAUAUUUAUUAUUAUUAUCCUCCGUCAGAUACGACGAGGACGACCCAAGUUCGACCCAGCAGCCAACACAAGCAAAAAGGCCGCGCUGUGGAGUAAAAUAAGAUUAAAAAAGAAAAGAAAACGAGCAGAAGAAGCAAAGAAGCCACCGGAAAAAGCAAAGUGA